ACAGUUGGUUCUUUGGGCCUAUGGCACGAGAGGAAGCCAAUGAUAUUCUGAAGAAUGAAACCAGCAGUGGAAUAUUCCUUGUUCGUGAAAGCCAGACUAUGAGGGGAAACCUUGUGUUAUCAGUGAAAGAAGACUGCAAGAUGAGCCAUUAUAUAAUCAAUAGGUCUCAACAAGGUGGAGUUGCAACAUUUAAGAUUGGUGAUCAUGAAUUCAAUAGUAUGCCCAGUUUAUUGGCAUUUUACAAAACACAUUAUCUAGACAGCACUUGCUUAAUUGCACCUGCUCCUCGGAUGAAAGUCCGUGCUAAAUAUGACUUUGCUGGCAAUGAUGAUGAAGAUCUCCCAUUUAAGAAAGGAGACAUCUUAGAAGUAAUUAGUAAAGAUGAAGAACAAUGGUGGACUGCAAAAAAUGAAAGAGGGGAUUCUGGUCAGAUCCCUGUUCCUUAUGUUGAAAAGUAUGACCCAAACCAGCCACAACGAAUAAGUAAUUCUCAGAACAGAGAUUCUAACCCUAGUCUUGCCCAUAUAUUCACACCUACUUCAUUUAAUCCAAAGGUAAAAUUACCAGCUCAAGCUAAAGUAAAACAACAGAGGAUACCAAAUAUAUAUGAUAAAACACAGCUAAAACUUGAGGUUGGAGAAAUUGUUACAGUUACUAAAAUUAAUGCCAAUGGUCAGUGGGAAGGGGAAGUUAAUGGUAAAAAAGGAAUCUUCCCUUUCACUCAUGUAGAAUUUAUUGAAUGUGAAAUUCCUGAAGAAGAUCAUGAAAAUAACAGUGGCAAUGUAUUUGUGAAUCUGUCAUAGAUUGUAUGUAUAUAAAAACCAGCUUGAAUAGACCUUGCAUCAUGGGACAAUUCUAUUUCCAAAUACAGAAAGGCCAAAGCAAGAAUUUUGCCCCAAAAUUCAUCUAUUUGGCACCUGAACUGAAUGUAAGUUGUGUGUGUGUGUAUGUAUGUGCACAUGUGUAUGUACUUCCCAGAAUAAGAUGAUUUUAUAUUGCUAUUCUUACAUGCCAACAAAUGAUACACAGUUUAUUUGUUGCAACCCCCUUGGUUGCAAUCAUCAGAUUUAUAAUCUGGUACUCUUGUUUUUUUUCUCUCAACAUUCAUUAUACAACUUUAUUACAUCACCUUCACUAAUCACUUCCUCUCUCUGCGUUCUCUCUUAUUAUACACACAAAUAUUUCCUCAGGUAACAUUGCUGAAGCUUUUCACUUGAGUUGAGUGUGUAGUUGCUUUGUCAACUAUAUUCUCUUUUAUUCUGUUUCAUAAUGUUAACAAGGCUUAAGAGAUUUUCCUCCUUGGUCAGUAAUUGACUUCGGGUAAAAAUAUUUGACAAACCUGACACAUGUACUUACCUUAUGAAACAUUAAGAUUUCAUCUGUUUCCUCUUCUUGAAGAUCCUUUUUCUUUAUUUAUUAUUUCCAUUUUAGCUAAGAUUGUGAGGAAAAAGAAAGUGCACUAAGCAUAUGUAGUGCUGCUGUCAUCUACACUGUCAGGUAUGCUAGCAUCCAAAAAUAUUUGGAAGUUAUCUAUCCCUCCACUAAAACACUCUUUUACUUUUUCAUUAAACUAAAUAUAUUGAGAAAUGAUAAUUCUUUGCAUUGUUCACACAGCUGUUUUUAUAAACUUUUUCUUAUUUGAUGGGUGAUGAGGAGCAGGAAGAGAAUAUUUUAACUGUUGUUAAUAUUUCAAAAUAUAUUAAAACUGAUUUUUCAAUAGAGUGGGAAGGAGUUUUUACCUUCACUUCAUAUCUUCUCAACAAUUAUAGUUUGUUGAAAAGUCUUUGGCAGCUAAUAUCUAUUUAACUUCAAAAUUUAUCUAAAAAAAGAAUGUUAGUUGAACACUCUAAACAGAAACCUUUUGUCACUUUUGUUUUUUUUCUUUUACUAUUGUUAAGCAAUGUCAGAAAACCCUCCAAAGUGAACAGAUUAUUUCCAGAUACUGUCCACUUAGUCCAUUAACUCCAUAGAAUUGUUGCAAACAUUAGUUCUUACCAAUGCCUUGUUAGUGUUUGCAGGAAAAUAUACCUCUUUCUACUGAUUGUUAUGGAAAAUUAACAGUACAAUCAAUACCUAAUAUUUUAUGCCAUACCAAAAAAAAAAA